AUGUGUGCUUACGAUAUCACUCAAAGAGCAAAGAAUACCAUAGACUAUGCCAGAGACAAGGGCAACGGACUGGCGGCCAUCAAUACAUUGAAAGGCGGGGCGGUAACGCUGGAGAACAUUCCCGAAGAGAUCGCGAUAUUGAGAGAUGGAACGAGAUUCGUCUAUGUGCAAGACCUUUUGCUACACAUCUACUAUUCUGAAGAAAAAAAACCAUACAAGUGA